UAAGCAAUGAAAUAAUAUUCUUUGUUCUUCAUAUUUUAGGUCACUCUUAUUUAACAAUCGGCCAACCCUCACCGGCGGACGUCCCCCCUUUUCCUCACCUUAUAGUAACAUUUUACUUCCCUACCUAGGUAACAAUACAGCUAUCGGAACACCAUCAAUAUUACUGCGCAAACAUGGCCAUCAUUAGGGACGGCAGUAUUAGGCCCAUAGCGGUCAUAAUCCCGCUUAUCUUGUCGAUCGCGGGAUUCGUACUAGCGAUGUUGGCGUUAUUCGCCGGUUCUGGAUCACAACAGAAGGCACUGGAGGACUACCAUCUUAUUGCCCUCAACAUGUCGAACUUUGGACACGAUCUCAUUCCAACAUCUACAUCUUCUGGUUCUCAACCCACAGCAACUGACAGCGAUGGUUUCGGCUGGGACGACAUCGAAAAUGGGCUUGACGAUAUUGAAGGUGAAAUCACGGACCAACUAAAUGAUAUCGCAAAUGAUGUUGCCGAUAAGUUGUCUGAGAAACUUGGAAUAUCUCAAUGGUACAGCAUCCAUAUCAUGACCGCUUGCGAGGGAAACUUUGCGCCGAAUGCUACUUCGUCGGGUGCUUGGUACAACACCACGAACUGUACCGCGCAAUCGCCAGGAGUCAACUUCAACCUCACCGAUAUUCUCCAGAGGGAAAUCGACCAAGGCCCCCUCAAAAUCAACGCCACCGACAUCCCAAUCCCAGAUAAAAUCCGGGAAGCAAUUAACUACCUCAACAGCUUCCUCCUCGCAACCUUCGUCCUCUACGUCCUCGGCAGCGGGUUCUCAGGCCUAUCCUUUCUAUCAUGCAUCGUAAUCCUAACCCUGCGACGCGACGUCAUCGGCCGAGGGACAAUCAUAAUCAAUAUAGCUGUCGCCGCACUAGCCACCUUAACCCUGGCCCUCAGCAGCGCGAUCGCAACCGCGAUCUCGAAGAAGGGAGUCUCGGAGAUCAAUGAUGCGGGUGAUGAUGUAGGCAUCUCGGCUGUUGAGGGCACGAAGUUUAUGACGAUAUCUUGGGUUGCGUUCGCGGUUAUGUUCGUUACGAUGUUGUUUUGGUGCGCUUCGUGUUGUCUCCCGCGCCGGCGAUUUGGGGCGGUGGGGGCUUAUGGGGAGAAGGGGCCGAGAGGGAGUACGGAUAGUAACCGUGGUUUACUCGGGAUUUUCCGACGACGGCGUUGAGCGGACGGAUAGGAUAUGAAUGAGUUAUGAUGGUAGUGAUGCUAUUGAUGAUGGGUUAGCCGGAGGGUGGUGCCUUUGAUUUCGGAUGAUACCAUGAUUGCUUUCAUGCUUAGAUUCGCUUUGUCGCUUUUACGGAAUAUGAUAUAGAUUUAAUUGAAUAUUUUGAAUUUAUUA